AUGGAGGUACUUCCUCCCAGAGGCAGUUAUGGGAAUCUCGCGGGAAGCGGAUGGGUUGAGGAGGUGGAAAAGACCCUCCAAAGCCAAGGAAAGACCGCAUCACGAGAAACCCGCAGUGCACCCCUUCGCGUCGGCGGUGUCGGCAAGGGAAGCCAAAACUGUCGGGAAGACGUGGUCAUUCCGUUGGCCAUCCCAAGAUCCGAUGGGACAGUGAAAGGUGGCACCUAUUCUGCCCCGGUCAUCGAAGGGUCAAAUGCACCAGCCCUAUUGGGCCUGAAGUCCUUGACGCAGCACAGGGCAGUCCUCGACCUGGUGUCCAACCAGCUACACUUGCUGGGGCCAGGAGAGUCCCGCUUCGAACUGGCAGAAGGGACAGAGACCUUUAAUUUGACCCGGGCAGCCACUGGACACCUGCUGUUGCCUUUCCAAGAGUUCUCACGUCUUGCGAGUGGGUCUCAGGGAGUGCGCCAUCUGUUCAGUGAGGAGGGCAUCCACGAGUCAGGGUACAUGACCACUGUCAAGACCGAGCAAUGCAAACAGGAGCCGACCAACACCCCGGAAGAGGCAGACAGAGCGUCAGAGCCUGCUGCAGCAAGUCCGGUCGAGCCCAGCAUUGCAGUUGCAUCCGAUGCACCUGAGGAGAACCAGGAAGGUCAGAGCAGAGAGGCAGAUUCCCAAGCGCCGACGUCACCAGCUGACGAACCAGCCCCGGAGGCAGGAGAGACUGUGACGCCAGUCCCUGCCGCUGAGGCCGAAGAAGCCAAGAGCAGCAGUCCGGAAGUGACAGCUGCAAACGAGGCUGUUCCGCCAGUCUCUGUUGAAGCAACAGCCGAGCCCAAGGCAGAGCCCGCAAGCCGUCACACAGGUGACUUCAAGAAUCUGAUCUUGGACGAGAUCGCAGACCGCGAAGGAUACCCCGAAGAAAAGGAGCUGACCAGGGAUCCAAGUGGGGCUCGCUCACGCCGUGGCAGGCGGCGCCGCCGGAAGAGACGCUGUGCCAUUCCAAGGGAGACAAAACGAUGGGCAUCCCAAGGGUCCCAGACUAGCCAUGAGGAAGGGGUCGAAAGAGCGCCAAGCUCAGCAACUGACCAAACGUCAGCAUAUGACACUGACCGUGGAAGUGUGGUGCUUACACCACGUCGUGAGGGGCCAAUUGACAAAUCAUAUGUGGCGUUGCCUUCGGAGACGAUCACACCCAAGAGUGGAUCAGCAAGCAGCAGUGCACGCCCUGCUGAAGUGGCCAAAGCAUGCGAGUCCGUGGCAGCGCAACUGCCCAAGGAGCGCGGUGCAGGUAAGUCAAGCCCACCGCUGCCGCCUCCACCGCGGCGGUUGGUGACGAGGGAAGAUGAUGGCCAAGAGUAUGAGGUGCCACCACCAGAGCCAAAGAAUCCGCCAACGGCCAAGACUGGAGCUGCAGGAGCUCGACCCUUGCAGCGCGGAACCGAUGCUGAGAUCGCGAAAGCUGAAGCACACCUCACAGAGGUGAUGGCGAACCCAAGUGCGACUCGCACAGCCAAGCGCAAGGCGCGAAGAGAGGUGCGUCAAGCCAGAGGCGAGCCGCCUCCCAAAGAGCUGAGGUUGUUGAGCAUCAGCAACUUCGAUGCUCAUGCAUGUGCAUUUGAAGGAAUGGAUUGCCGAGUCACCCGUGUGAGGCCUGUGGAACUGACACGGGGAGGGUUCGAUUCCAUCCUUGAAUUCAUCAAAACAGACAGGUACGAUAUGGUGUGGGUUGAUCUUGCUCAUCCCAAGCGCUUUGUCGGAGCGACAAAUCUAUCUCGGGUCAUGCAGAGGUUGCGUGUCCUGGUGACGGCAAGUCAACGGUAUGAUGUUCCGCUUGUCAUCGCCAGUUCGCACUCUUCAGCAUGGGAGCAUUCAAGUGUGCAGUCCCUGGUGGACGUCUGUGGUUUGAAGUUGAGCACCCACAGGUGGUGCACCUUCGGACUUAAGACGACGGGUGGGAACCCCAGUGCCGUCGUCCACCGGUGUGCAAGCACCUUUGAGUGGCAGAGCACGCCCUGCCAAUGCCCUGCAGAUGCUGAACAUGUGCAUGACUUGGCCCUGCGUGAUCCCUGCUGCACUGCCCAGAGACGCCAUACAUAUGAAGCUGAAGCAGCGGCCAAUCUCCUGGAGUCCGCAUGGAUUUGCGAAUCCGUGUCUGGGAAGUCAGCCGACUCAACAGUAUCAAUGGAAGGUACAGUCGUAGGCAGUGACAGCCAGCAGAUAGCAUGUCAAUCCGCGCAUCCAGCGCAACACGUAGAGCACAACGCGACGAGUUCCGACUCGUCAAGAGCUCGAGAUCCCGCACCAGAAUCUUCAGUGUUUAAAAGUUUAACCUUGCCCGCACAGAGCACUGUAAGCAAGACACCACACAAUUUUUGCGCUACGUUUUUCCAAUGCCGUUGCUGCGAACUGCUUGUUCCAAGUGAGACUGCCUGGUGCAACACCUGUGAAGCACCAGUGGAAAAUGAACAAGCUCAUCUGAUCCAAGUCGGAUGCUACCCUACAGAGCAGCGGUUGGCUGCCAAGCAGCGUGCUAAAGAUGGCAUUUUGCCAAAGAGAAAGAAGAAACAAGUCGAACAACAUUUCGACGACUGUGGAGAAGAUCUGACACCAAUUUGUGACAAGGACCCAAAACUGUCCAUGUUCAUCGACGGAUAUUCAUCCGAUGAAGAAGAUAACAUUGGACACAAAAUCUUAUCAUCCUGGGUUACACACGGUUUCCAGUGUUCGGAAAGUGACCUGCCUCCGUCAACACAUCCAGGCAUGGUCAUUGCGGUCGACUUUGAAGAAGCCUAUCCGAUCUUGAUCAAUCGACCAUAUGGUGUUGAAAUCGUUGAAUUCUGUGGUGGUCAGGGACUGACCACUCAAAUGGCAGUCAAGCGUCAGCUCAGCACAGGCCACAAUUUUGAGCUGUUGACUGGCUGUGAUCUCACAGACACCAGCACCCAGAGGAAAGUGUUAUCGUACCUUUCCAUAGCAAAGCCUUUGGUCAUCGUGAUGGCGCCCAGAUGUGAUCCCUUCGGCCCACUGGGACGCUGGAACCGAGUGAUACAUCCAGAAGGAUGGGACCGCAGCUACCAAGAGUCCGCGCCUCUUGCAGAGUUCUGCGGCCGAGCUGCUCUCCAUCAAAUCAGUGAAGAAAGACAUUUCCUAUGUGAACAACCUCAAUCAUCAACCCUCUUCCAAGAGGAGCCCUGGCCGAGGGUACUGCAACAUAAAGGUACUGUCAAAGUUGUUUUCCACCAGUGCCGUGUUAAGCAGUACAUCAAUGGCCAGUUGUGCAAGAAAGCCACCGAGUUGGUGGCCAGUACACGAACCCUUCUGGAACCUUUUGAGGGCCUAGUCUGUACUGGUGAUCACCCGCAUGCAGUGCUGACCGGUGGUCAAGCAAGCAAGGCGCAGAAGUGGAGUCGCGACAUGUGCGACAGAAUAGCCUUCGGCAUUCAGCAACUAGUGGCUGUGGGCGGCGGUGACGAAGCCCAGGAAGAUCCAGAACCUGAGGAGGCCGGCAACGAACCCUGGCGUAAGUGCAAGGGGUGCCGGUGGAGACUGCCAAAAUAUGACCCUCAACACAGCAGAGUUGCAGGUGAAUGCAAACAUCCAGACACUGAACCAGUGACCUUUGAUUGCCCGGCUUGCAAGGCCAGAAAACCACGUGAUCAUGCCAGCCACACAUACGAUGACAAGUGCAGGCAUGCAGUCACAGCCGCCAGAAAGAAGGUUCCCAAGAGAUCAAGGGCAAGAGUGCCAGCGUCAGACGAACCAACCUCAGGAUUGCGAGCCCGAGGUAUGGGAGAUGCAGAUGAACAAGCUGCAGAAGAACAGCUGGAAGAUGCCCCUGAGGCACGACCUGAAGAAGCCGGCGGAGUACGUCCCGCCGUGGAAGCUGCUGCUGAGCCAGCUAGCGCAGAGGGCAACGAGUUGCAGCUGGUUCCUGCCGACAGAGCAGGAAGGGGGCCAGAUCAGAUCCAACGAGUGCGAAGGUCUUAUCGUGAGGGUGAGGCCCAAACGCCAGAUCCGUCUGACUGGACCUCAUUUGACAUCUCUGCCAGCCUGCGAGGCCUGCGAUUAUCCAAUGAGGCGGGUCAGCGCAGGAUCAUCCGCAAGCUGCAUUUACGCUGGUGGCACGCAAGCAGCCACAGAAUGAUCCAGUUGCUCAAGAGCGCAGGCCUACCGCAGUCCAUUCUGGAUAUCGUGCCAGAAGUAGUGGACACUUGCAGAAUCUGCCGGUUGUGGCAGAAGCCAUCCAGUGACAACAUCGCGGUGAACCGCGUGGUAACCGGAUUUAAUCUGGAAGUGGAAGGCGAUCUGAUCUUCAUCACACACCAGGGCGCAAGUCCGCCCGUUCUACACCUCGUUGACAGAGGGCAUGUGCGAAUAUGUGAUCGACGAACCCAAGUCCUUCGUGACACGGUUCACAAGAUUUCAUCCCAGCUGUCUGAGGAAGGAAUAUCGCUUCCACUCAGCAGAGUGCUGGCAGAAGCAACAUAUGCAGGCAACGCAUUGACAUCCAUUCGAGGGGUGUCGCCGUACACAGCAGUCUUGGGAAGAGUACCGCCUCUUCUACCGGACGCUUUGUCUGUGACAGAUGACACAGAAGCACACGUGACUGCGCAACACACCCAUCGAUUGCGCGAAAUAGCCAUCCAAUGCAUUGCCGAGGCCAGCGCACAAGACCGGCUGAAACGUGCAAGCCACACACUCACCAAACCAGCAGGCGAGGAAUUCGAGUACCGCCUAGGUGAGCAAGUGGAAUACUACCGUCCACCCAUGAGUAAAGACGUCUCAGGGUGGAGGGGGCCGGCCACGAUCUGUGACCUGUCUCGUCUGGAGCAUGGACGAGUUGGAAUCAGGACCCGCAGCGAUGAUGUGCUUACAUGCCGCCUGCAAGAUGUCCGCAGAUGUCUAGCAUACAUGGUGGAUAUGGAGUCACCACUGUCAAGCACAGCAGGUCAAGCGCAGCAGGUACUGCAAGAAUUCGUGGAUAACAUGAAAGCAGGACCUGAAAACACAAUGCUUCUUGGCAACAUCCCUAGUAACACUGGGUGGCGCAUGUCCAAAGUCACAGAGCGACACCAAAUGGUGUACCAAGCCGCAGUGGUCGUAGCCGAAUUGAUUUUUCAGUUGCAGAACCUUGCAGCUGUCAGAAUUGGCAAGGGUGUUCGAACCUUGUCGAAGAAGAGUGAAUAUGCAGCAAGCAUGACGGUCUUUUGGACCGCAGCAGGAACAAGAUCUUUGGAGUUUCUGAACAGCGAAGACACCAGUGUGUCAUUCGUAGCCAUGUUAGGUCAGAACUGGACAAAUGUUCGCUUUGUUCAAUACCUGACCGUCACAGCCGAAGACGAUUUUCAGAACUCCAUCAAAGAGGAUGAAGUGAUGAGUGACGUCUCAUCCACAUCCAACCAAGCGACGGGACCAAGCACACACGACAAUGCAAGUGUGGGAGGUCCCUUAAGCACAAUCCCCGAAGGAAGUAACGAAGAGGAAGCGCAUGUGACAAUCCAGGAACUGGAAAAGGCAUUCGGAAUACCGGCAGAUCAUCCCAAUGUAAAUUAUCUGGCCGAAGCAUUCGUUGCCAUAUCAGCCGAGGAGGAGGACACUGUGCCGCCAGUGUUCACGACCCUUGAAGAAAUCAGUGGCCCGGCUCUGACCAGGAGCCUUAAGGCCAUGGAAGAAGUAGCCAUCCCCAGUUGGCAAGAAGUCGCGUAUGUGACAGAAGAUGACAGCUUCCUGAGCAGUAAUGCCCUACUCGAGCAGUUGCAGCAAGUUACAAACGAACUGCCCACGCUGGAAGACCAAGAUGAGUAUGGAGCAUAUGCUGCCUUGGAGGCGUACUAUCCAGAAUGCAAAUAUCUGGAAGGUCUUGACCGACUCCCCAACUGCGAUGAGCAUGUGGAGCUUCGAUUUUACGAAGCGCACACCAGAAAGGUAGUCAUCGAUCGGAACGAUGAUCUUCUGACAGAACAGGAAACAUUGGAGCACUCAACUGAGGUGCUUCAAGCAAUGCUCGAUGAACUAAACACUUGGAAUGGUUUCCGCUGUUUCAAAAGAAUUAAGAAGUCGGAAACAAAAUGCAUCAUUGACACAAAGUGGGUACUGAAAUGGAAGCUCAAAGGCGGGGUGCGGCACAUACGUGCCCGCCUCUGUCUUCGUGGCUUCAAAGAGUCAGGAUGUGACAACGACACCAAUCACAGUGCUACAGCAUCCAGGUUGUCUCAACGACUGUUGGUGUCGGAAACAGUACUGCGAUCGUGGGUGCUCGCAUCCACGGACAUCCCUAAAGCGUUUCUGCAGGGAGUUUCGUAUCAGGAGUUGGCGGGCACCACCAACAAGCCACUGCGUGACUUGCGGAAAGUAACAGCAGCCUUCGGUCUGAGGAGUUCGUUCUUGGAUCCAGAGUUUGAGCUGUUGUACGAUGAAGGUGGAACACUGCAGUUAGUGGUGAUCAAGCACGUGGAUGACCUGAAGAUCGCGGGCCCAAAAGAACUGAUUGCAAAGUUUGUGGACCAUGUGGCAAGAGCUUUUGGAAAAUUGGUCAUUGAGUACAACACGUUUACCUUUUGCGGUGUUCGACACACGCAAGAUAAGGACAUCGUGUUGGAUCAAGCAAAGUUCAUUGCAGCCAUCAAGGAAAUGGCUGUCCCGGAAGCAUAUGCCAAGACGGAUGAGCCACUGCCAGAACACCUGCAGAAGCAAUUUCUGAGUCUGCUCAUGACAGUGGCAUACGCAUUGCUGACGAGAAUGGAUGCUGCAGUGUAUGUAACAGCCCUGCAGCGAGAAUGCCAAAAGCCGAAGCCAAUUCACGUGAGACGGUUGAACCUGCUUCUGCGUUGGAUGCAGAAGAACCCUCGUGGAUUGCGGUAUCGCCCAAUGGAUAAGUAUCCUGAUAGCCUGGUGCAGUUCAGCGACUCAGGGUUCAAGGCGCGUUCCGAAGAUGGACUGAGUGUCAGAGGGCUUGUCUCCAUGCGGAUGCAUUCCAGUGAGUUGAGGUCGCCCACAAAGGCGACUUGCCAUGUACUGGAAUUUGUGUCCAAAGCACAAAGACAUGUCACUCGCUCAACCUUCAGCAGCGAACUCUUUGCUGCUACAGAUGCCAUCGACAUGGGACUGCUCACAAGACUGGCUCUGCACGAACUCCAGUAUGGACUCAUGAACGACAACCUGGCAAAAAGAAUCCUCGAGGGAUUCACCAAAAGUGAGAUCCAGUUGCAUGCGGUCCUGGACGCAAAGUCAGUGACGGCAGCAGUCACCGCGCCAAUUCUGAAAACACCAGCUGAGCCAGCACUGCUUGUCCAUGUGAGAUGGGUAAGACAUCUGCUGCAGUCGAAGGUCCUUCAAGGACUGCACUGGACAGACACAAGGUCCAUGAUUGCAGACGGACUAACCAAAGGCAGUAUCGAUCGAUCAGCACUGGAAGCCGUGAUGUCUGGCUGGUUAGAGAUCGAAUAUGCCUUAGAGAACGAGGCACUGCAGUUGUUAGGUCAACCGACCUAA